CUGUGGAGGCCCCUCUCUCGCAAAACAUCAGUCUGCAUUUAGAAGACAGAAGUCACUAGGAACGCCUUGACAGGAUCCGGCGCUCCCUCCAGCUGCAGAGGGUGUUUUUGUUAGAAUCACACACACUGCGUUAAGGAGAACUGCUUAGAAUAGAGCCGUGACCUCAGCCAGAAAUGUGAACUUAGAUUUUGGAGACGCUAACCCGGCAGAUUCUUCUCCUAGCCUGGCUGGAACAGCAUCAUGCUUUGGCGGUAACAGCAACUCCUAGUCCAGUUGACAACAAGGCCAGAUCAUACUCUCUUCCUUGACCCAUGAAUUCGAAAUCUUCCUUCCCCGACUUCCAUCCCUUUGAGGGUCAUAUGGAAUGCAUCUCCUUGUCUGCUGUCAGACUAUGAUGACAUGUCUGUAGCUAUCAGAAAGAGGAGCUGGGAAGAGCAUGUGACCCAGCAGACUGAGCAGCCUUUUGAUUCUGAUGAGUAUGACAUAGCAUGUCAUCACGGACUGGCAUCCAACAGCUUGGAGAUUUUAACUCCGGAAAGACAUGAAAGGGACAGCCAAGAUAGUACCAAAGGAGCAGGCUACUUCAUGAAGACACUGUCCACCAUGCAAAGUAGCCAUGAUUCUCAUAACACCUGGAGGAUGGCUGGUGAAGCUGAUAUAUCUCCAGCAGAAGAAAGUGGAGAAAAGAGAGAUACUGAGACUAUAAGUAAAAGCCUGGAGCUUGGUAAGAAUACAAGUGCAACUGAAACAAAAGAUGUGCCCAAAGUAAACGCAUCCCAGUCUUCGAAUGCGGAAGAUGACAUCACUCCUAAGACACAACUGCUUGACUCUUUGGUACGCAUGAAAGACGUCACACCUGAGACACAACUGCUUGAUUCUUCAGUACACGUGAAUGACAUCACACCUGAGACGCAACUGCUUGAUUCUGCAGUAAUCACUCAACAACACAGGAAACCUGACUUCCCUAAAGAUGGUCAGGAAAAUAAACGGCACCGUGUAGUAGAAGACGACUUCUUAGCAGCUCCUUAUGCAGACAGAGGGCUGCCAUUAUUAAAAGCAGAUGGCGGAAGCUGCCUUCUGCAGACUUCUUCCUGCCCUGGUGGACUGUCAGCAGAAAAUGACCUGGAGAAGAGUGGGUUCUCAGAAUAUCAAAACAAAAGCCCUCUCGGGGUCAGUCGGGAAGAUGGCAUGCAGUGUUUACACUUAAGGGGCCCAGUGACCACCCAGGAGACUGUGGACAAUCAAGUCAGACUGCGCAAGAGAAGGGAAACAAGGGAAGAUCGAGACCGGACACGGCUGGACUCCAUGGUGCUGCUAAUUAUGAAACUGGACCAACUAGACCAAGACAUCGAGAAUGCUCUCAGCACUGCCUCCUCUCCAUCCAGCACCCCAACAAACCUGCGGCGGCAUGUCCCUGAUCUGGAAUCAGGAUCUGAAAGUGGAACAGACAGUAUCGCCGUAAAUCAGAUGCAGGUGAAUUUGUCUUCAGAGUCCACCGAGCCAUCAUCCACUCCAGCGAGCAAUUCCGGAACCAAACCCAAAGCCAUGGCUGUUCCGUGUAUUGGAGAAAAGGAAACAGCUGAAAUUGAAGCCAAGGAAGCUUGCGACUGGCUGAGAGUAACUGGUUUCCCCCAGUAUGCACAGCUUUAUGAAGAUCUCCUGUUCCCUAUUGAUAUCGCGCUGGUCAAGAGAGAACAUGAUUUCUUGGACAGAGAUGCCAUCGAGGCUCUCUGCAGGCGAUUAAAUACUCUAAACAAGUGUGCUGUCAUGAAGCUGGAGAUCAGUCCUCACCGGAAGCGAAGUGAGGAUUCCGAUGAAGAUGAGCCUUGUGCUAUAAGCGGCAAGUGGACUUUCCAGAGGGACAGCAAGCGGUGGUCCCGGCUUGAAGAGUUCGAUGUCUUUUCCCCAAAGCAGGAUCCAAUCCCCGGGUCUCCAGACAACUCCCGUUUGCAAAGUGCCACCAGCCACGAAAGCAUGCUGACAGACCUCAGCGAGCGCCAGGAGGUGUCCUCCGUCCGAAGCCUCAGCAGCACCAGCAGCAGCGUCCCCACCCACGCCCCCACAGCGGGGGAUGCUCCGACCACGCCCCGAACCAACUCCGUCAUCAGCGUCUGCUCCUCCUCGGGCCACUUUGUAGGCAACGAGGACUCUUUCUCCAGCCUGCCUUCGCCCAAGGAACUGUCCAGCUUCAGUUUUAGCACGAAAGGCCACGAGAAGAACACCAAGUCGAAGACGCGGAGCCUGCUGAAGCGGAUGGAAAGCCUGAAACUCAAGGGCUCGCACCACAGCAAGCACAAGGCGCCUUCCAAGCUGGGGUUGAUGAUCAGUGCUCCCAUUCUGCAGGAGGGCGUGGAUGAGGCGAAGCUGAAGCAGCUGAACUGUGUGGAGAUCUCGGCCCUCAACGGCAACCACAUCAACGUGCCCAUGGUACGGAAAAGGAGCGUGUCUAACUCCACACAGACCAGCAGCAGCAGCAGCCAAUCAGAGACCAGCAGCGCCGUCAGCACCCCCAGCCCGGUGACCAGGACGCGGAGCCUCAGCACCUGUAACAAGCGGGUGGGCAUGUACCUAGAGGGCUUCGACCCGUUCAGUCAGUCCACCUUUAACAACGUGACCGAGCAGAACUAUAAAAACCGUGAGCGCUACGCAGAGGACACGGUGUUCUACAUUCCCGAAGAUCACAAGCCUGGCACUUUCCCGAAGGCCCUCUCCAAUGGCAGUUUCUGCCCCUCGGGAAACAGUUCUGUGAACUGGAGGACUGGAAGCUUCCACGGCCCUGGCCAUCUCAGCCUCCGGAGGGAAAACAGCCACGACGGUCCUAAGGAGCUGAAGCGACGUAACUCCUCCAGUUCUCUGAGCAGCCGCCUGAGCAUCUAUGAUAACGUACCAGGUUCUAUCCUUUACUCCAGCUCGGGCGAACUGGCCGACCUGGAGAAUGAGGACAUCUUCCCCGAGCUAGAUGAUAUUCUCUACCACGUGAAAGGGAUGCAGCGCAUCGUCAACCAGUGGUCGGAGAAGUUUUCAGACGAGGGAGACUCAGACUCCGCCCUGGACUCUGUGUCUCCUUGCCCGUCAUCUCCAAAACAGAUACACUUGGACGUGGACCAUGACCGGAGGACGCCCAGUGACCUGGACAGCACGGGCAACUCCCUCAAUGAGCCCGAAGAACCCACUGAUAUCCCCGAGAGAAGAGACUCGGGGGUGGGGGCUUCCCUGACCAGGUGCAAUAGGCACAGACUGAGGUGGCACAGCUUCCAGAGUUCUCACCGGCCGAGCCUCAACUCCGUGUCCCUGCAGAUUAACUGUCAGUCUGUGGCCCAGAUGAACCUGCUGCAGAAAUACUCGCUCCUGAAACUGACGGCCCUGCUGGAAAAAUACACGCCUUCCAACAAGCACGGCUUCAGCUGGGCUGUGCCCAAGUUCAUGAAAAGGAUUAAGGUUCCAGACUACAAGGACCGGAGUGUGUUUGGGGUCCCGCUGACCGUGAACGUGCAGCGCUCUGGACAGCCCCUGCCUCAGAGCAUCCAGCAGGCCAUGCGCUACCUACGUAACCAUUGUCUGGACCAGGUUGGGCUCUUCAGGAAGUCGGGCGUCAAAUCCCGGAUCCAGGCUCUAAGGCAGAUGAACGAAAACGCUGAGGAUUACGUCAACUAUGAAGGCCAGUCCGCUUACGACGUGGCAGACAUGUUAAAGCAGUAUUUUCGAGAUCUUCCUGAGCCCCUCAUGACGAACAAACUCUCCGAAACCUUCCUGCAGAUCUACCAGUAUGUGCCCAAAGACCAGCGUCUCCACGCCAUCAAGGCAGCCAUUAUGCUCCUGCCUGACGAAAACCGGGAGGUUCUCCAGACACUUCUCUAUUUCUUGAGCGAUGUCACAGCGGCUGUGAAAGAAAACCAGAUGACUCCCACCAACCUGGCAGUGUGCUUAGCUCCCUCUCUCUUCCACCUCAACACCCUGAAGCGAGAGAAUUCUUCUCCAAGGGUAAUGCAAAGAAAACAGAGUUUGGGCAAACCCGACCAGAAAGACCUGAAUGAAAACCUAGCCGCCACUCAGGGGCUAGCUCACAUGAUCGCAGAGUGCAAGAAACUCUUCCAGGUUCCCGAGGAAAUGAGCCGGUGCCGUAACUCCUACACUGAACAAGAGCUGAAGCCCCUUACGCUGGAGGCCUUGGGACACCUGAAUAAUGACCAGCCUGCCGACUACAGGCGCUUCCUCCAGGACUGUGUGGAUGGCCUGUUUAAGGAGGUCAAAGAGAAGUUCAAAAGCUGGGUCAGCUACCCCACCUCUGAGCAGGCUGAGCUGUCCUACAAGAAGGUCAGUGAAGGACCCCCGCUAAGGCUUUGGAGGUCAACUAUUGAAGUCCCUGCUGCACCUGAGGAGAUCUUAAAGCGCCUCCUGAAAGAGCAGCACCUCUGGGAUGUGGACCUGCUGGACUCAAAGGUGAUCGAAAUCCUGGACAGCCAGACUGAAAUCUACCAGUACGUCCAGAACAGCAUGGCGCCCCACCCUGCGCGGGACUAUGUCGUAUUGAGGACCUGGAGGACUAACUUACCGAGGGGAGCCUGUGCUCUCUUACUUACCUCUGUGGAUCACGACCGGGCACCUGUGGCGGGUGUGAGGGUUAAUGUGCUCCUGUCCAGAUAUUUGAUUGAACCCUGCGGGUCAGGAAAAUCGAAGCUUACUUACAUGUGCAGAGCUGACUUAAGGGGCCACAUGCCGGAAUGGUAUUCAAAAUCUUUUGGACAUUUGUGUGCAGCUGAAGUGGUAAAGAUCCGAGACUCCUUCAGUAAUCAGAACACUGAACCCAAGGACACCAGAUCUAGGUGAUUUCCGAAGUGAAGCACCCGCAUCCACAACCUGGGCGAUCGUUGCUAGAACCUUGCCAAGUCCUUGGAAGAAGAGUUCAUCUGGGUCUGACUGACUAUAGAAAUUUGACACGUUCUUAAAGCUGCUUCCUGAUUGUCUUGGGUCUAUGUUGUAGACCUUGACUGGAAUAUGUAAGACUUUGGGGGGGGGGGGUUGAUACCUUUAUUAUUCAGAUUGCUUCUGAGAAGCAAGGACUCUUUCAGCGUGUAAUGGAAGAUAACGAAGAGGCGUCAUUCUUUCCUAUGACGUCAGCGUAUGUGUACCGAUUCCUUUGUUUGCGGCGUACUGAGGGACCGACGUAUCCACUGGAAUAGUUGGUACUCCAGGACAGAUUUUUUCUCACUGAGAUGAACGGAGAAUGGUUUGCACAGAGGAGAAGAGUGAAUGUGUGUGUUGCUGGCUGAAUGGCACAGAUGGAGGGGUGGGACGCAGUGUCUGGCACACUGAGAUGCUCCUCAAAGGAUGCUGAUCUUCCAGGUUUAGCUCAGCCUGGAAUAGCUGACUACCCAGGGAUCCACCCAGAAGGGGAAUCCAGCUCCCUUCUUCACCCCGCCCCCCCCCCCCAGGCUAUUAAGCUUUUUUUUUUUUUUCUUUUCUGCAAACCUUUGCUUUCCCAUAAACUGUAGUCUCCCUGUGACUAGGAAUUUAACUAUAAGACAGUUCAGGAAUCAGCCUCACUUCUUUGGCUCCAAAGAAAGGCUUUUAUUUAAGUGAGAUGGAAAGGCUGAAUACUGACACACCCAUAAAGCAAAGGAUCAACCUUUCUUAUUUCCAGGACUGGGUGUUGAGCCCAGGGCCUCUUAAAAGCCAGGCAAGCGCUCUACAGUGAAACCCGUCCCCAGUUCUGUUUUCAUUUCUUCUUGCCAUGUUGCCUAGGCUGGUCUUGAACAACUGACUCACAAUAUAGCCCAAGUCUGUCUAAUAAUUGGGAUAAGAGGCUCAGCUCAGAAAAACUUUUCGCCUGUUGCAAUUCGUAGUAUAUCAUGCUUGUGACAUAAACUCAAGAUACACAAGGGAACCCGGGGAAUUAUGUCCCCAGUAGGUUUAACCCAACCAAGCACGAGAGACUUUUGAUCAUGGGUGGUGUCAGUGUUCUGACAGCUCUGUGUGUAUUUUAAUCAGGUUCGUCCUCGUGCACAGAUAGCUUUUCUAUUUGUUAUUUUUCCUGUAUUUUUUAUCUCUCUUUCUUUAUGCCCUUGUAUUUUAGUUAUAAUGGGGGAUGGUAAUCUCAGUGAAAAGCGAACAUUGCAGGUUUUUGGAAGGGUGGUCUUUAUACAGGUUUUACUGUAAUGGUAAGGAUCGACUCAAGACAGUAUUAGUAAAUUUAUUUUGCGUGGAUCAAAACAGUGAGUACCGUGUGACUGAGCUGAAGAAGGACUUUUAUUUUGUUAUAACAUAGUUACCUUGUCAGUAUUAUUCCAAAGGUUCUUUGAAGAAUGGGGGAGGGGUCAGAGUAGAGUUUUAAAGUCUUGAGUAUUUCGAGAAUUAUCAGUGUUGCUUCAUGAAGAUGUGUGUGUGUAUUCAACUUUGAUGGCUUCCAGGAUCUGUAAGAUUGUAUGCUGUAUAUACCGUUCGAUUGAGAAACAUGCACACGUACGUGUCUGUCUACUGUGCUUUCAGACAUAGAUAAAGCAUGAUAAAGAUUAUUAUUUAAGAUAUACUUGUAUUUAUACCUCAGAUAUUCUUUUGGGUUUUGUACCUCAAGGUUUCCCCUUUCCCUGCCCCACAUUGUAAAUACACUUUACAUGAAUACAGUUUUAGUGAACAAACAAACAAAAAAAGAAUAAAUAAAUAAAGGAAGAGGUUUAUAAUUUGCCCUAUAUCUGUACAGAGUAUAUUCAGUAAGUGCACUAUUAAAUGUUUAAGGGGAAGAGUCUGGCCUGCUCCCUGACUUGCACCUUCUCCACCCUUAGAAGCAGGGAUGGCAAAGCCUAGGGCCCCAGUGUCAGGCAAAGUCCAAAGAUACAUCAGCUAAAAGGAAAGUCAGACGACGACGACGACGAAUCAUUCCAAGGCCAAGCUGCAACUGAGCCACUCACCCACAAACAGGAAAGCCUAGCGAAGGUUCAGGAAGCCUGGAGAGUCUCUCCAGACCAAGGUCAGAAACGAUGCUGAGAAGAUACGAGGACAGAGCAGCGGGAACGGAACAGCGCUUGUAGGCAAAGUAGAGGUCACUGAUUAUUCCGCGAAAGGUCACUUUCCCGUGUUUGACUUUCCUGUUGAAGGAAUUACUUACGUCUGGCCAGAGGAGAGAAUUCCAAGCAUGGGACUUUCCAAGGACUGGGGUUAACGUCUUGGAACGUGGCCACGAUUUGUCCACUCUCGUGGUCUAGAUUGUAAGUUCUUCGAGGGCAGGCUCAUCUCCUGCACAUCUUUAUACUCCUACAGCAGCUUCCAGUGUUUUGUACUUGUAGACACCUAAUAAAUUUAUCAUUUGCUAAAGAACACUG